AGGUCAGUCUCGUUGGCUCAAGUCGAAGAUAAUCAUGGGGAGCUGCGAAAGCCGUCCUGCGACUAUGCCUUCCUAUAAGCUGACCUAUUUUGACAUCCGCGGCCUUGCGGAGCCGGCGCGAAUCAUGUUUGCUGUUGCCCAGGUGCCCUAUGAAGAUGUCCGCCUCUCUUUCUCGUUCGGCACACCUGGGGACUUCAGCACCAUCAAAAGACCAGAGUUUGAUGCUAUGAAGGCCAGUGGCGCAUUGGAUGUGAGCUUGGGCAAAGUUCCCUUGCUGGAGGUGGAUGGCAAGCAGGUUGGCCAAUCCAAAGCCAUUGAGCGCUUCUUGGCACGUGAGCUCGGCUUGAUGGGCUCAAGUCCAGUAGAAGCGGCCCAGGUGGACCAACUGGGAGAAACAGUGCGAGAUAUCAAGGACGCCUACCAGAAAGUCCGUGGAAUCCAAAAUGAAGACGAGAAGAAGAAGGCAAUGGACAAAUGGUUUGCAGAGGAUUUGCCCAACUGGGUAAAGCUUGCAGAGAAGUCGCUCCCGCCAAGUCCUGGACCUUUCCUGGUUGGAAGCAAGGUCUCUGCAGCUGAUGUGGGCUUCUACAUGUUGCUCUUGGCCCCAGGAGGCUUCUUCGACAACACAGAGGGAGCCAAAGCUUCCUUCCAGAAGAGUCCCAAGAUUAAGGCGGCGGUUGAGGCAGUUGAUGCCCUUCCUCAACUCCAGGCAUACUUGUCGAAGCGCAAGCCAAGUCCCUUUUGAGGAUCUGCCUCAUUAAAUCUGCUCCUCGCUUCGGCCUGCGAAGGGAAUGACUGAGAGGUAGGAGCUGCUGCAUGCAGGCCUGCACCUUCAACCUUUGCUGCCAAAGCAGCCUUUCUUGACAACGUUGAACUGCCGAAGAACAACAAUGGUCUAAUGUAAUAAUUCAACU